UUAGGAAGUGUUUUGUUCGCUCCGUCCAUUUUCAUGCCUACAGAAUUGUUUUGAGUGAAAACUCAGUUUUUUUUUCUCUUUAAAUGGCGCUUGAGGCUGACCUGUCGUGUCCUGUGUGCACUGAAGUCUUCAGUCAUCCGGUGUUAUUGAGCUGUGGUCACAGUUUUUGCCGUCAGUGCAUUAAUGCUCACUGGACCUCCAGCAUCUCCAGAAACUGUCCCGUCUGUCGACAGAUAUCACCGCAGGAACCGGUGUCCAAUCUGAGCCUGAGAAACACAUGCGAGUCUUACCUGAGAGAACAAAACACGAAUAAAGAAAGGGAUGGGGAACAUGUUUGUCAGAUCCACGGAGAGCUGAUUGAGCUGUUCUGUCAAACAGAUGAACAGACGAUAUGUGCAACGUGUAAGAAACAACGGCACAAACGGCAUAAAACACAACAGCUACAACUGGCUGUACGACAACGCAAGGGGAAGCUGAAAGCAGCUGUUCGUCCAGCUGAGAAGAUGUUGUCAUUACAGAAUGGCACAGCACAAGAUGGCAAGACUCAAGCUAAGGAGACAGAGAGAAAAAUUCAUGAUGAGUUUGAGAAACUCCAUCAGUUCCUCAAAAAGGAGGAGGAUAGGAGGAUAUCAGCUCUAAAUGAAGAAGAGAAAGAAAGGAGAGAGAAGAUGAAAAGGAAAACGCGCUCGCUCUCAGACAGACUGCGGGAGGUGGAGGAGCGAAUGAAGGACGAUGACGUCAUCUUCCUUCAGAAUUAUGACAGCAUCAUGAACAGUGCAAAAUACAUACUUUCAGAUCCAGAACUGAGUUCAGAAGCUCUCGAUGUUCCCAAACAUCUGGGUAACUUGAAGUACCAAGUGUGGGAGAAGAUGAAGGACAUUUGCCUUUACUACCCUGUGAUCCUGAACCCAAACACAGCUUCAACAGACAUCUCAGUGUCAGAUGAUCUGACUUCUGUGACCUCAUGCCUCCGUUGGCAAGACGAGCCCAACCCUUUUCCUCUGCACAGCAACCGUAUAGUGUUGGGGAGUGUGGGGUAUGGUAUCGGCACUCACACGUGGGAAAUUGAGGUGGGAAACAGUCGCCACUGGAGCCUUGGAGUGUGUUUUGGAUUGGAGGGAAAACCUAUUACAGAGCCUUUGACCCCUGCAAACGGCUUCUGGGGUCUCAGACGCGACGGAGACUCGUACGAAACCAUGACCACUGGGAUAUCAAGAUUAAAUACUAAUGUAAAUCCAGAGGUAGUGAGAGUAAAGCUUGAGGAUUAUGCUGAUGACACAUUGGAGAAGAAACGCUGGAGGAAGGUGAGAUUUUUUGAUGCCAGGAGUGAUUCUCUCAUUGCAGGAUUUUCUGAAGUGCCUUUGGAAAAGAAACUCUUUCCUUUUGUGAUCCCAGAACAUCAGACCGUCCCUUUGCGUGUUGUUCCAGCGAACAUAAUUCUGACUGUUGAACAAAAACUAUCAUUCAGGGAGAGACAUGAUGUCUUGAUCAGAGUCUGUAUUGGUUUUGUCAUGGUUAUAUUCAUAAUUCUGGCAUGGAAGAAUGACAGUCAACACAAAUGAAAAGGAAAUGGCUGUUCACAUACUGUCAUGGUCUGUUAUACUGGUUCAGUCUGCUGAAACAGACUUCUGAAAAUCACACCAACAAAACCAGAAGGAUUACAUGUGAAUAUAAUGGAGCUCACAUGCUUCAUGUAACUGUUACAGGGCAUAGUUUCUACGUCACACGUCAAGCGGUCAUUAUGUUCUCAUAACUGUUAUCAUUAGCAUAUUUUUACGUUUAGUAAUAACUCUAUUCAACAUAGCAAUUCCUCGAUUUUUAAAAUUAGAAUUAACAUUUGUUACAUUUGUAAAAAUUGCCCAUGCAGUAUGUUUAAAUAUCUACAGUAAUAAAUAUUUAAUUCCACAAAUUCUUAUGAAAUUUAGUAGAUUAUAGAUUUGGGGAAAGAAACGCAAUAGAAUCAAUCAAAGAUUAGCUUUUUUUUGUUGUUUUUAUUUUUGAUGAUACUUGCUUAUUUUCACUUCUAUUGUAAAACACUUCUAUUCUAUAAAUAUACAUUUCAAAGCAUCGUCCACUACUCACUUCUUAUUUGAAAGACAGCAGUUUAUCAUUACAGUACACUGAUUUAGAAUGAUCUAUGCAUUGAUUCUUUAUUCUUUAUCACAAUAUCUCAGCACUUCCUGUUGCUCCGCAGCAGCACAGACGACCUAACAGACUUAAUGCUGAAAACUGGUGUUGUAUAUGAUUUUGACUAAUGUUUGUAAAUAUCCUUUUUGCCUUGUUGUUUUGUGUUUUUGAUGACUUACUUUUUGAUGCACGAUUGCAAUUUUCUUGGCUGAUUCCAAUUUUUUUUUUUUUUUUUUUUUUUUUUGCAAGUGUUACCUGCCGUUACGGAUUUUCUAACUAUAAUUGACAGCAUGUGCAAACGAAAAUCUAUAUUUUUUAAUGCAAAAAAUAUAUAUAUUUCCAUAAAAUACAUUAAUAAAUAUUAUAAUUCUCCCAAUUAAAAGUUACUCAAAAAAAAAAAAAAAAAAAAAAAGAAAAAGAAAC